AUGUCGCUCUUACAUGCUCUUCACUACGACAUCAAGCCUGUUGCAUCGUCUACUGUGGCCCAAGAGCUUGACCCGACCCCCGCGACCCCAGCUGAACAUGUUCCAGACACGCAGGUCUCAGUAGAAGACAAUCUGACCCCUAGAGAUGGCCAACUUGUCUUUGAGCGGGCACUGCCCAGUCGGACGACCAGAUCGCGUCGAGUGGUCAUUACUGCAUUGCUUGUUCUGGCUAAUCUCGUACAGAUGACAGUCAAUUUUGCAGGCAUUGCUGGAGGAAGCGCCUUGAGUGAAUCAUUGGGCGUUGACGACACCUACGCCUCGUGGAUCGCUGCUAGCUAUGCUCUAACCCAAGGUACCUUCGUGUUGGUGAGUGGGCGAUUGGGAGAUGUUUAUGGCCACCGAGAACUCGUCCUAGCCGGGGGUGCCUGGCUCACUAUCUGCACUCUAGCCAGCGCCUUUUGUAACAACUUCUUCGCCUUUGUCACGAUGCGGGCUCUAGCUGGUCUUGGAGGCGCGUUCAUCAUGCCUAAUGCGGUGGCCAUGAUAUCUAGCACCAAUCCCCCCGGUCGCGUGCGAAAUCUCAGUCUCGGUCUCUUUGGUGCGUCGGCACCAGUCGGAGGAUAUUUUGGGGCCUUGCUUUUGGGUGCCUUUCUACAGCGGACAGAAUGGAAGUGGUUUUUCAUCUUCAUUGCCUGCCUCGGUGUUACCACAUUCACUCCUCUCUGGGCUUUGAGUCCGCGAGAACCACCAGCCGAUCGGCAUGGAAAGAUCGAUUGCAUUGGAUCGGCUCUUGGAACAAGCUCGUUGAUCUUGUUCAACUUUGUUUGGAAUCAAGCACCGAGUGUCGGUUGGUCAACCCCCUAUGAGAUCGUUCUCCUGAUCAGCUCAAUCAUCCUAUUCGGGGGCUUCUUGCUUUGGGAAAGGAACUAUGCCGCGGAGCCGAUCAUGCCACUCGACAUCUUCAAAGCUCCAUCCUUCCUCAUGCUGCUAUUGGUCGUGCUUCUCAAUUAUAUGGCCGUAGGAACCUUGAUCUGGUACCAAGUGUUGUGGCUUCAAAAAGUCUGGCACUGGUCUCCCCUACAAUUUGCCGUAGGCUGGACCCCCUUCGUGAUCUGCGCCACGGGCGCUGCCUGUCUCGCAGCAUGGAUGAUCCCGCGAAUGGCAGCACAAUGGAUCCUGGCCAUUGGAACCGUCACGAUCUUAAUUUCCAAUGUGCUCAUGGCGACCGUACCAAUCCAUCAAUCUUACUGGCCGCAGAUUUUUCCUUCCGUGGUCCUCUUCUCAUUCUGCCCGGACUUUGUGUACACGGCUGGUCAGAUCAUUGCCAGCAACUCCGUGCGUCGAAAUCAGCAGGGAAUUGCCGGGUCGGUGAUUGGCACAUUGAAUCUAUACGGAAACAGUCUCGGACUAGGCUUUGCAUCUACCAUUGAGGUUCAAAUUGCCCGCCGCUCGGGUAGCCAAAUCACGGGAUAUCGAGCGGCACUUUUCUUCGGUGUUGCCAUCAGUGCCGUAGCACUUAUACUUGACGUGUGCUUUGUCCGACUAGUGAAAGACGACCGAGAGGGGUGGCAUGAGGAUGACCGCGUGGAGGAAAUUGAGCUGACGGAGCAGGCCGAAGCCACCGGUGUCCAUCUACCCAAUGUAAACAACUAG